AAGAGUAUCACACACAAUGGUGGAUCGUGGCACACACAUACAAAAAAAAAAAGAGAGAGCCACCUAGAGAAUCUGUGUGUGUUUCGCCAGUGACAAGUCAUACUUGGUGGAGAGAAAAAAAAAAAUAUAGAAAGGAUUAAAUAAAAUUCAUGAAGUGAUUAAAUUAAUAAAUAAAUAAUCAUUAAUAAUGGCUGAUAAUGAACAAAAAGCCCAACAAUUGAUGAAUGAUGCUGAAAAAAAGCUUGGUUCAUCAAAAGGUUUCUUUAAUUCUCUAUUUGGAAGCUCAUCAAAGGUAGAAGAAGCAGUAGAAUGUUAUCAACGUGCAGCAAAUCUUUUUAAAAUGGCUAAAAAAUGGGCAAAUGCUGGUAAUGCAUUUGUUGAAGCUGCUAAUCUUCAUGGUAAAGUUGGUAGUAAACAUGAUGCUGCAACAAAUUAUGUUGAUGCUGCUAAUUGUUAUAAAAAAACUGAUCCAAAUGAGGCAGCAUCUUGUCUUCAAAAAGCCAUUGAAAUAUAUACUGAUAUGGGACGUUUUACAAUGGCAGCAAAACAUCAUCAAACAAUUGCAGAAAUGUUUGAAAGUGAAGCUGUUGAUCUUGAACAAGCUGUUCAUCAUUAUGAACAAGCUGCUGAUUAUUUUCGUGGUGAAGAAAGUAUAUCAUCAGCAAAUAAAUGUUUACUUAAAGUUGCACAAUAUGCUGCACAAUUAAAAAAUUAUGAAAAAGCUAUACAAAUAUAUGAACAAGUUGCAGCAUCAUCAUUGGAAAGUUCAUUAUUAAAAUAUAGUGCUAAAGAAUAUUUUUUUCGUGCUGCAUUAUGUAAUUUAUGUGUUGAUGCACUUAAUGCACAACAUGCUAUUGAAAGAUAUGAAGAACAAUAUCCAGCAUUCCAAGAUUCAAGAGAAUAUAAACUAAUCAAGACCCUGAUUGAACAUCUUGAAGAACAAAAUCUCGAAGGAUUUACUGACACAGUCAAAGAAUACGAUUCAAUAUCAAGACUGGAUCAAUGGUACACCACGAUACUUUUACGUAUUAAAAAACAAAUUAAUGAUAAUCCAGAUUUACGUUGAUUUUAUAUUAUGAUAAAAAAAAAAAAACAAUACAAAAUUAUCAUUAUUAUUAUUAUCAAUGAUAUUCUUCCUCUAAUAAUACACUACCCUGCAUGUACUCUUCCCAAAUUAAUGUGGCGCUUUUGAUGAAAAAAAAAUAUAUUAUUUUGCUCACAAGUUAAAUCAAUUGACACACCUUAUAUAAAUAAAUUAUUUAAAAUUUUUAUUAUUAUCCCUACCACUAUUCAAAGUUUAAACAUAUAAAAUAAAUAUAUACAAUUAAUAUAAAAAUAUCAAUUAUUCAAUGAUUAAUUAACAGGGAAAUUUUAUGAGGAAGUUUUCAUAAGAGAUUAAAAAAAAAAAUAAAAAACUCGAUAAACGCAGGAACAUAUUUAAAAAGUUAUGAAAAUUAAAAACUUAUUAUUAUUAUUAUUAUAUUUAAACAAAAAAAAAACAAAUGUAUAUCACGAUAAUUAUUUAUUGUAUAGAACCUGUGUAAUUAUUGCAUUGUUGUAAUAUUCGUUAGGUUGUAUAAUCAUUUAUUAUAAUUAAUAAACAAAAAAAUUGAUCGUAUUAAUACGAAAAAUAAAUGUUUAGUUAAUUAAUAAUAAUAAUUAUUAUUUAAUUUAACAAUUAAUAUUUAUUAUUGUAAAAAAAAAAACAAGUACUAUUUUUAUUUUUGUCAGAAUAAUUUCAGCCUUUUAUUAUUACUAUUAUAAACAAUGGAAAAAACAAUUUUUUUUUGGAAAACCUGAUAAUUUAACUGAUGAUGGGUAGUGAUAUAUAAAUUGUAUUGAAAUAAUUAAUAAUGAAAAUAUUAUAAGAUUUAAAAAAAGCUAAAAAAAUGUCUCACAUUUUAAAUAAACGUAAAUUUGUAGAAAAUAAUAAUAAUUUUUUGGCUAUAAAUAAUUAGUAGGUUUGACACGACACAUGAAUGUUAAUGAUAAUUAAAAAUGUGAAUAAUAAAUAAAUAAAUUUAACAAUUAAUUUUAUUUUUUUAUUAAAAUUUUAAUAUUAUUUACAUAAAUAAUAAUAUAAAUUAUUUAUUUUGAUGAUGUUGUUUUUGAUUUAACAGCAGCUUUAACAACUUCAACAAGUUCAUCAAGAUGUUUUAUAUUUAAAGGAUUAAUAUUAAAUGAUUUAAUUGUAUCAAUAAAACUUGAAACAUCAA